UCGCCGCCGCCGUGCUGCCGCAGACCGGCGCGCACACGCUCAUCGAGAACAAGGAGCACUUCAGUGCGUGGCAUCGAUACCUCCUCCUCUGCACGAUCCCGAUCCUGGCUUCACUAGUGAGCCUGAUCUGGACGCAGGAGUCGCCGCGGUAUCUACUCGAUGUCGGGAGAGAGGUCGACGCCAUGAUGGUGUACCAGAGUAUCCACAGUAGCAACAAGUUCCGGCCGGCCGCCGAGUACCGGCUCGGGGAACUCGCGCUGCCGGCCAAGCGCAGGCCGCCCGCGCUGCAUCACGUCCGCCAUAGCGUCAAGAUGUUCUGGCAGUCAUUCUUCCAAUUAUUCUCGAGUACGUAUCGGAGGACCACACUCUCACUCGGAGGGACCUUACUCUUCGCUAUGGCGAUACAGUACUACCUAGCCUCCUACAUACCAGCAACGGUGGUGAAAAUGGAAAGCGACCUCUACGAGGCCUCAAAGCAAAGCAUAGGGAACGAGACCCUUACGGACAUACAUUACAAUACAACGCUAGAGAACAUAGAAUACUACAAUGUCACGUUCAAUAAAUGCAUUAUACGGGACAUGCUGAUAUCACACGUGGCGUUCAGGAACUGUUCCUUCUAUAACGUCGCGCUCUCCAACCUGAAGACGUCGUUCACUACCUUCGAGGGAUGUCUGUUUGUCAACAGCACAAUAAUAGACACGGACAUGGAAGUAGAGAGAGAGUUCGACAAGUGGUGUAUAUUCAACAAUACGGUAGUGCGGGGGAUGCAGGGGGGAUGCGCCCGCCAUGCAGACCUCACGUCCAAGCUGGGGGGGAUGACUACUGAACAGAGCUACGUGGCGCACGCCAUGUUUCUUGUUACAUUCGUCGCUUUUAUGCCUCAGAAUUUACGGCCUGUCGUGGCGAUGUGUGGAGCGUGCAUAUUGCUGUCUCCCUUAGUCUACAUAGCGCAGAGUGAGACAGCGCUAUACGUCGUAGAAGCAGUCUACCGAUUCUUCAUAACGCUGAUAUUUUACUCCGUGGGAGUUAGCGUCGUGGAUUCUUAUCCACAUAAUUUGAGAUGCACGGCGCACGGGCUGGUCCUGUCCGUGACGUACGUGGGCGGCGCGGUGCUGCGCGGCGCGGGCGAGGCGAGCGCGCCCGCCUCCGCCGUGCUCUGCGCCGCGCUCGCCCUCGCCGCCGCCGCCGCCGCCGCCGCCAGGCAUUAGGUACACUGAGUCCCAUGGACUCGAUUAAUUUCAGGGAUUUUCAGCAUUAUUGUAAAGUUAUCUUUACAUAAUUAUAUUAUUAACGACGGCAACACUGAUCUUUUAGGGUUGCCAUGACAAAAUAUCGAUAAAAACGACUAGAGUUGGGUUUUGUAUUAAAAAUGGUAUAGAGCGUCUAUUAGUUUAGGUGGCUGGUGUUUGGACUCGCCCAUAGACUGAUAUUAGUGAUGCGUAUCACUGAAUGGAAUUGCCUAAAGUGAACAAAGUCACCAGCCAUUGGCAUUAGAGUCAUCCACAAAAGACCAAGCUGUGAAAAAUGAGAGUAUUAUACAUUUGUACCUACCUAUUUGAAAAAUAAUAGGUCAUGAAAAGUCGAUCCUUUUAACCGACUGUUACAAAAAGAGAGUAGGUAUAAAAUACUUUUUUGAUAUGAAACCUAAACUUAUGUAGGAAAGAACUUGCCAUGUGGACGUACCAAAGUAUUCAUGACUGAUUUAAUUGUUAUGUCACUAAUAAACCGACUUAGUAAAAAGGUGAUAUGCAACUUUGUUAUUUUCAAAAUGACGUUGGAUUAUUGGGGAAAGAUGUAUUAAGUGGGAAUGAAAGAUUAAUGAAGACCUCCAUCUACCUCUUUAGAGAACAGGGCUUAGUCACGUCGCGUUCAGCGUUUUGGUUGGUUGAGAUCAUUAACGCCGGCCAAUCAGACAGCCGAACGGGGUCUCGUUAAGGUAAAACAAAGUCGUACAAGCUUUGACAUUGACAUCAAAAUAUCAACAGCCCUUGACAAUGCGGCCCAUAUUCCACUGCUAGACAAUAAUUCUAGAAUUCACGAUGUCCCUGUUCUAGAAUGUCGCAAUAACAAAGUUACAUAUUAUCAAGCGAGAACAUUUUUGACGUCAAAAAUUUCUAGCUAGAGCAGCUAUACAUAUCGAUACAUUUAAACAUCGAUAUCGAUAAAAGAACAGCAAUAAAACUAAUAGCAAUGGAAAGACACAUUGAAUUUAUAUAAAUAUAAAAAAUCAUUUGUCUGGAUGUAACUCCUGAUAGAUUGUAUAUAAGCUUAGUGCGUGGAUGGGAAUCGAUUUUGUAAUCGAUUGUUAGUGAUGUGCCAUAAUCGAUACAUUGAUUGGGCCUUGGGAUUUGGUAGAGGUUGAUUAUAUCGUAAAGUUUAGUAAAUCAUCAGCAUAUAAGUGGCCACUGCUGACCAAAGGCCUCUUCUCACACAGAGAAGUUUUGAGCAUUAUUGACCACGCUUGCUCA